UUUGUACACCAGACUGGAAGGAAGGGAGGGUAACAAUUAGCUCUCAGUACGAGAGUGACAGAGAAUCUGCUAGGACAUCAUGAGAUCCCCGCCUUCCGGCGACGAACUUCAGGAGAUUGUGAAGGCAGUGAGGAGGCUGGUGGAAGAAGAGCAAACCUUGUCCAAUCUCAAAUGUUCGACCAGUGAUGAGUUUCUUCUUCGUUUUAUCCGUGCUAGUCUCUAUAACAUUGAUGCUUCCUUUCAUCUGGUCAAAAAAUACUUCAAAGCGAAGAUAGACAACCCGGAGGCCUUCAUUGUUCAAAGCCCAGCAGCAAAUCUAAAAACGUUGACAAGAAAAGACCUCGGCCUUCCUCUUAAAGACAGGGACAAAUGUGGCAGAAGGGUCUUGAAUAUUAAAUUUGGAUGUUUAGAUCCAGGCAAAGAGAACUGGACGAAUAUUAUUCAAUCGAUGAUGAUGUGCCUAGAAGCGUUUUCUUUGGAACAAGAUGUUCAAGAAAACGGAGUGGUAUUAAUCAUGGACUGCUCUAACUUUUCUUUAAAAAUAAUGAAGUGGGCGACUCCUCAUAAAAUCAGAACAGUGUUGGGGUUUUUCCAGGAAUGCAUCCCACUCAGGUUUGAAGCUGUACAUAUAAUUAACUACCCUUACAUAUUCAACGUGUUUGCAUCUGCGUUGAAACCUUUUAUGAACGAGGACACCAAAAGAAAGAUAAUUUGGCACAACGAGCUUACAUCCCUCGAACAACACAUUGACAAACCAAAACUCCCGGUAGAUUUGGGAGGAGAACUGAAGCCAGAAGAAGUAGAGAGGUGGUACGAAAUGGUUUUAGAAAAAGAAGAACUAUUUGCAGAGUUCAGAAAAAUGGGAUACAUGAAGUGACUGAUUACAAUAGUAUUAAGAGGAAAUCCUCAAAUACUCAUCUGAGGAAAUUACUAAACGGAUCGCAAGUUUAAGAAUCAUGAAGGGAUCCUUUAGUAAGGUUUUACUUAUUGAAAGCUUUACUGCUAUUAGUUUUACUAGUAUUGUUUGUUGAAAUAUCUGUUUUGUAAAAAAUAAAGUGUACAUUUUUA